CCUCUCAAUCUGAGUCUCUAGCGGGCGACUAACCUCCACCGGAGUAAACAGAUUGAGGCCUUAACAAACAAAACCUCCACUACCGGAGUGAAUCCGGUACAGAAUAGUGAGUUGGCUCCUCGACGAAAGUCACCAACUCCCUACCUUCAAUCAAGGAUGCUCUAUCAACCUAGGCAGAUAUUCUCAUUCUAGGUUAAAGCAGAAACAACAGGAAUUUGAUCAGGAUUCAAGUCAUUCAAUCAUUCAAACCUCAAUCGAAUAUAAUCAAAUCAUAGAAUCAGUACUUGGGUUCAUACAAUCAAAGCCUAACAUACAAAUCUAGGGUUCUACAUACCCAGAUGAAUGGGAGAACUACUCCAUGGAGAAAGAAGCAAAAGCAGAAUCAGACGCGGAAUUCAUACUGUGAAGGAUGGAUUCCUGCUCCUGGACGUUGAUCGGCACUUCUCCAAGCUCAAGCCAAGCUCCAAUGGUGAUGAAGAUCAAGCUAGGGCACUUGGAGACUCUUGUUCGUCGCUUUCUCUCUCUAGGAAUCGUUCUAUCUCUCUAAAACUCGAAUCCCCUUCUGUUUUGGCUGAAAUCUGCUUAAAAGGGCAUCAGUGGCCAAAGCACGUUCGAGGGCACGGCCGUGCUUUGCCUCAGCCCGCCCGUGCUUUGGCUAGGGUUAAUUACACGGCCAUUGUGUUGGGAGAAACACGGUCGUGCUUUUGGGAGGACACGGCCGUGCUUUGGUGGACACGGCCGUGCUUUCAGCCCGUGUUUGCAGCUUGAAUUUGCCAAACUCAAUUAGCUCUCGGCAGUAAAAGCACGGCCACAGAACACGGCCGUGUUCUGUUUUAGGUGUGCCCGUGUUUUGGCUCCAGCUCGACGAAAUGACUUCCGAAUGCCCCGAAACUCGUGCUUAGCCUUUCCUUUGACGCCUGGGACCUAAAAUAUGACAAAAUAGCACAACCCGGCGUAAAAUAGGCCAAAAAUACACGACUAUGCCCCUCAAACUGAUAAGAACUAGGGGCGCAAAUAUGUGCAAUUACAUCGUUAUCAAACUACCACUAAAAUUCCAAAAUUUAA